UGUCAUGUCAUGCUUGGCCCAACAAAAACAUAGCGUAAUUAAAUUAUAUGUACAUAUGGACAUUGGAACUGGUGCUCGAGUGUGCGCUAAUGUGACGCUAAUGUUUUGUAUAUAAUUGCGAUACGGGUAAACUUCACGAGGCAGUCGGAUAAAUAACUUUGGUCAAAUACAUACCGAUAUAAUCUAUAAAUAUACAAUUUAUUAUUCAUCAUGAAUUCCAAAAAGUGGACAGUCGUUUCCAAAGCUCAAGGACUUCCUAAAGUCAGCGAUUUUAAAAUUGUCGAAGAGCCCAUUCCUGAACUUCAGGAUGGAGAAAUCUUGUGCAAAGCUGAAUGGCUCACGGUGGAUCCCUAUAUGCGAAACAGAAUGGACAGUUCAGUUGGAGCUGCAAUGGUUGGGGAGCAGAUUGCAAAAGUUAUCAAAAGUAAAUCCCCGGAUUACCCUGAAGGAACCGUUGUUCUAGGGUAUUUUGGAUGGAGAGAUUUGACAGUGUACAAAGUGCCUCCAAAGGAGAAACAAGGAUUUGGAUCAAUUUAUAAAGUCCCUGACUUGAAGAGUCUCCCGGUAUCGUAUGCUUUGGGAUCAUGCGGAAUGCCAGGAAAUACCGCCUACUUCGGACUAACCAGACUUUGCGACCCAAAACCAGGAGAAACCGUCGUGGUGUCGGCGGCAGCUGGAGCAGUUGGCAGUGUUGUGGGGCAGAUAUCAAAAAUCAAAGGUUGUACCGUUAUCGGUUAUGCGGGCAGUGACGAUAAAGUCGAAUGGCUGAAAGAACUCGGAUUUGACCAUGCAUUCAACUAUAAGAAAGAAGGAGUGGAUGAAACCUUGAAAAAAUACGCUCCAAAAGGGGUCGACUGCUAUUUUGACAAUGUCGGUGGGGAGUUUGCCUACAAUGUCGUGAAAAAUAUGAACUCAAACGGCCGAAUUGCCUUGUGCGGUGCAAUUGAGACUUACAACCGAGAUUCCAGCCAGCUUCCAAUGGUCCCAUUCGAUUAUGGAACCAUGAUCUACAAGCAAAUAAAAAUGGAAGGGUUUAUGGUCGUUCGAUGGUGGCAGGAAUGGUUUCAAGGUGUGAGUCAGUUGCGUGAUUGGAUUAUUGAGGGAAAGAUCAAGGUUCAAGAAACCAGAGUGGAAGGAUUCGAUCAAAUGCCACUUGCAUUUAUUAAUCUCCUUCAGGGUAAAAACACUGGGAAAAUGAUUGUAAAAGCGUGAUUUGUUGACUUUGGGUUAUUCAUUUCUAUGUGUAAAUAAUAUUCUUAAAUUAAACUAAAAUCUAGCCAAAAGUGCUGAUCCAGA